GACUGCGGAGCAGACUGUGCUAAGUUCCAGAAGAGUGAACUGGAGUACAAAUUCAACAAGAAAGCCUUAGAAAGGCCCUACACCUCUAAACACUCCUGGGGAAAGACCUAUGGGGAGCACAAGCGCCACUUGGAGUUUAGUCAUGACCAAUAUAGAGAGCUAAAGAAAUAUGCAGAGGAGAUUGGCAUAUUCUUCACAGCUUCUGGCAUGGAUGAGAUGGCUGUGGAAUUUCUACAUGAACUAGAUGUUCCAUUUUUCAAAGUAGGAUCAGGAGAUACAAAUAAUUUUCCGUAUUUGGAAAAGACCGCAAAGAAAGGUCGCCCAAUGGUGAUUUCCAGUGGGAUGCAGUCAAUGAACACAAUGCGUCAGGUUUAUCAGAUUGUGAAGCCCAUCAACCAAAAUUUCUGCUUCCUGCAAUGCACCAGUGCAUACCCGCUUCAGCCAGAGGAUGUCAAUCUUCGUGUUAUAUCGGCGUAUCAGUCGGCUUUUCCCGAUAUCCCCAUUGGCUAUUCGGGGCAUGAAACUGGCAUAGCCAUUUCAGUGGCAGCUGUUGCUAUGGGUGCUAAAGUAGUGGAACGCCAUGUGACUCUCGACAAAACAUGGAAAGGAAGUGACCACCAAGCAUCCCUGGAGCCACAUGAACUGGCAGAGUUAGUGAAAGCCAUUCGUACUGUGGAAAAAGCAAUGGGUUCUCCAGUCAAGCAACUCUUGCCCUGUGAAAUGGCUUGCAAUGAAAAGCUGGGAAAGUCUGUUGUGGCAAAAGUGACAAUUCCUGAAGGUGCAGUACUGACACUUGACAUGUUGACAGUGAAGGUGGGAGAGCCUAAGGGAUUUCCCCCAGAAGCCAUCUUUGAUCUGGUGGGCCAGAAGGUUAAAAAAAGUAUCAAAGAAGAUGAAACCAUCACUGAGCAAGCAGUGGAAAAUCGUGUCAAAAAAGUGAAGUGCUAAACCAAAGCACUCCAUUCCAUAUUUCAUGAUAUAGUGCUGCACAACAUAUUUGGAGCCUGGUAGAUUAGAAGAAAGGGGUGUAGUUACGAGGAUCCAAGCAGGUUAGAAUUUUCAGGUUCUCAUUAGCAGGAAGUUUCUGCAGCAAGUGGAUAUAAACAAAUAUAAAA